ACAGUCCGUACCGCGAAGGCGACGGAGGCCGCGGCGAGGGUCAGAAGUCACCAUGCUGAGGGCGGCGUGGAGGGCGCUGAGUUCGAUUAGGACCCAGGCAGUGACCCAGGCCCCAGUCCUCGGGCUUCCGGGCGGAGGGUGCGCCAGGUUUCCCUCUGUCCAGCGGGCCCUUCCCUCACGUCCUGCAGGUCUCAUUCUCCGGGCCGCCCGUGGAUAUGCCGCCCAAAAGCCAGGGGAGGAGCAGGGUCUGACUGGAGAAGACAGGCUCAUCUCCCAUUGCCUCUGCCUCAACAUCCAGCCCAACCAAGAUGACCCGCCUCCUUCCAUGCUGCUCCUGGACUACCAGAACGUGCCUGGAAUUCAUAAGGUUGAUGAUGUUGUGAAAAGACUCUUAUCUUUGGAAAUGGCCAACCAGAAGGAGAAGCUAAAAAUCAAGAAGAUGCAGUUGAUGAACAAGGUCCUAGAAAACCCUGAGGACACCAGCUCCCUGGAGGCUCGAAGUUGGUCAGGGGGCCCUUGGAGAGUGGGGGUGCAAGGGAGUCUGCUAGCUGGUCCAGGCCCCUCAUCUGCAGAUAUACUAGUUGUUGCCUUGACUGUCAAGAUCCGCAAUUAUGAAGAACACAUGCAGAAACAUCGAAAGGACAAAGCCCACAAACGCUUUCUGCUAAUGAGCAUUGACCAAAGGAAAAAGAUGCUCAAAAACCUCCGCGAGACCAACUAUGCCGUCUUUGAGAAGAUAUGCAAGGAGCUAGGGAUUGAGUACACCUUUCCCCCUCCGUACCACCGAAAAGCCCACCGCCGCUGGGUGACCAAGAAGGCUCUGUGCACCCAGGUUUUCCGAGAGGUUCAAAAGCUAAAGAAGCAAAAAAGAGCCUUAAGAGCUGCAGCUGUAGCAGCCCACAAACAAGGCUAGAAGAAUCCAGAGAGCCCUUCCAAAGCUGGACCAGAGGCAAUCAAAGGAAACCAAUAAAUGUUGUUAAAGUUC